AUGGCACCCUCUGUGACGGUAGAUGCAUUAGCAAAUGCUCUAGUUGCUCGUUUUCUACGCACAAAUGACCACACAGAGACAUUAAACGCUUUUAUCCGCGAGGCUGGUCUUGCUCCCGACGUGGGGCAGGCCUCUGGUGACGACACUAAUAACUGGACAAUCCAAAGCUUGCUCGAGGAGAAGCAUACUUAUGAUCAGAGCGUCAAUUUUGAACGAUAUGGAGAGGAUAGCCAAGGGACUGGUCUGUGGAGUGAACCAGCACCGUCAAAACCGGCUGUGAUCCAGACACCGACUUCAUCAAAUCUACUUGCUGCAUCUGUAGAGCAAUGGCAGAAGCCUUGCGAUGAUGAAGGCGCGGGUGCAUCAGCGCAAUCCUAUAUCAUCUCUGCGGGCGCCGACAAACAGGUGCAUGUACUUGAAACCGCAGGGAGCAAUGCAGCUGUCAAGUCUUUCUCUGAUCUAUCAAGUGCACCCGUUCUAUCAUUCGUCUCGAUCCUUCAAGGCCGGUACAUCCUCUUGACAAACAUGUCCGGUCAAAUCCUUCUCCAGCAUGGUAUCGAACUCUUAGAUAGCAGAAAGGACCAUGGGAAGUACACCGUCAAAGUGGUAGCCUACGAAGACAAGAAAGACCCGCUUAAGUGGUGGAUCGCCACCGCCGGAUGGGACGAGACAGUCUUGCUAUACAAACUCAACAUUCCAGACGAGGCAAACGCACACACCCUAAAAAUCGGCGAACCAGUCGCUCGCAUCAAGCUCGCCUCGAAUCCGGAAUCACUUCUAUUUGUACCGCAUAUCGACACAAACGACCUCCUUCUCCUCGUCUCGCGCAGAGACUCAACUUAUAUCCAUUACUACCAGGUGGAAGAAACACCCGAGCAAACCGCCUCUCACACCUCUCUCCGCGAGUGUCAACUCCUCGGAACCCAGAACCUAGCUCCCCAUUCCAAUGCCUGGGUUGCUUUCUCGCCGGCCCAUAUGGCUCUCAGUCCACACGACCCGGGUCUCGUGGCAGUGGCUACGUCGACCCUACCCCAUAUGAAGGUUAUCAUUGUACGCCUGAUUUUCCCAUCAUUGAGCAAACCAGACAAGGAAGAUGAUUCGGCUUCAGCAGACCCGGUCACGCAGGCUUCUCAGGCUAUGGAUGCUCUGGCAUUGGCUAAUCGCGAGGACGCCGCUAUCCUCGUGCAGGCGAAUACCUUCGCUUCGCAGACCGCAUACUCGACCCCACAGGUUGCGUGGAGACCGGAUGGAUCUGGGGUUUGGGUAAAUGGGGAUGAUGGUGUUGUGAGAGGUAUUGAGACCAAGACUGGCAAGGUUAUUGCUACGCUUAAGGGGGGGUCAUGA